AUGAUCUGUUACGACCCGGAGAAGGAUAUACCCGACUUGUCGGGCAAGGUCAUAUUCAUUACUGGAGGCACCGGGGGAGUCGGCAAGGAACUGGUUCUCUUCCUAGCUGCACAUAACCCUGCCCACAUCUACUUCACCGGCCGCAAUAGGGAGGCCGCUGCCGCCGUCACUGCCGCGGCUAAGGCCAAGGGGCCCGACACCGAGUUCACCUUCAUCCCGUGCGACCUGUGCGCGCCGCGGGGCCAGAUACGAGAGGCCCUCGUGCAGGGGUUCGCGUCGCCGCGGCUAGACAUCUUCAUCGCGAACGCGGGGGUCAUGGCGACGCCGCCGGGGCUGACGGCGGAGGGGUUCGAGGUGCAGUGGGGGAACAACUUCCUGGGGCACGCGGUGCUAGCGCAGCUGCUGUGGCCGACGCUGCUGCGGACGGCGGCGCGGCCGGGGGCGGACGUGCGGCACGUGCUGGUGUCGUCGCGGGCGCACGGCAUGGCGCCGGCGGGGGGGAUCGAGUUCGCGUCGCUGCGGGCGGCGGAGACGGCGGGCGUGGACGCGUUCGGCCGGUACGGGCAGAGCAAGGUGGCGCAGAUCGCCUACGGCCGCGCGCUGGCGCGCCGCUACCCCGCCGUCGCCACCGUCGCCGUCCACCCGGGCAUCGGCCGCACCGGCCUCAUGAGCCACGCCGAGCCCUCCCUGUCCACCCGCCUCUUCACCGUCGGCAAGUUCCUGCUCAGCAGCGCCGCCGACCUCGCCCGCAACCCCCUGUGGGCCGCCACCGCGCCCCGCGCCCCCGGCGCCGGCCCCCAAAGCGGCGCCUACUACGAGCCCGUCGGCCGCAGGUCCGGCGCCUCCAAGGACGCCCUCGACGACGAGCUCGCCGAGCGCCUCUGGGCCUGGACCGAGAACGAGCUCCGCGACCUCGAGCCGCUGUGA